AUGCCAGUGCGCACUGGUGGGCAUGGCAUGCCAUCGGUCACUGGCACCGGUAAGCAUCCGCGCCGAAUCAGUGCCGAUUGGCACCCGUGCGCACGCAUCGGUGCUCACCCGCGCACAACGAGUGCCGAUAAAAUAUUUUUUUCUAGGUUUGACGCUCCCUGGAGUACCAAUUGAUUCACCUGAAAAUAAUUUGAAACGGCUAACGACCGUAAGAAAGCGUUAAAUAUAAUAUACGUAAUUAUUUUCAUAUUUAACGCAUUCUAACGAUUGUUAAUGACUUCAAAUUAUUUCUUGGGUACUCGAUAUAAAGUAGAAUGUACGUAGCUGUCAUGUUUCAACAAAAAGAGAUAGAAAUAUACGGUUUUUGCUAAUCAGUAGAGAAAACUACUUGAUCACUUUUGAGCAAAGUAAAUUUCAACAUUCUUUUUGAAAGGAGGUUUGUAAAGAAGCUCUUUGAAUACUAGAAGGAUUAAUACACUAGUUUUGUUACUGCCGUAAAUAAUAUACUCUUCAAAACUGUAGUUAAAGAACACCUUUGAGUUUCAGUGUUCUGAGCGUAGUAUCGGUUUUCCUUGAAGUCCAAGAACUAUAAUAUUCAGUGACUUGGAGUCACAUUGAAAUAGUCAAAAGAACAUACGUAUUCAGUUACGUUAGAUCUGAUGGCAAUGGUAGGUUUUUGAAAAAAAUUUAAAUAGGUGAAAAACCUAGUUACCAGUGUUUCCACUAUACGGUAAGAAUCUGAAAAGUUCUUUUUUUGUUCAGAGAUUUUCUCAACACACUUUCAGAGAAUCGUACAUUUUUGUAAAGUGUUCUUGUGUAUUUGUUCCCAAUAGAAUAUGAAUUGCCUAAAUAUAGUACAACCUGACGUUUUUAGGUCAGUGCACGAUAUUUUGAUUGAGGUUAUGAAUUUUCUAAUGUUAGACGAGCUUCAAGGGCUGAUACUACACUCGAAACACUGAAACUCAAAGGGGUUCUUUAACUCCACUUUUAAAGACCAUCCUAUUUACUGCAGUAACAAAAUCAGUGUAUUCUAAGUACAACUUUCCAAAAGGCGCAUAAAUUUGAAAAAUAAAUUCUUUAUACAUACUGAAGGUUGUUUUAUUAAUGCUAGCAGAGCUCCCAUAAUUCGAACUAUAACCAAAAUAAUUAAAACUUGCAUUAAAAAACGUGCCCAGUAGUUCACGUCAAUCGAAGGAUCAGCAAAUAUAUCAGCACCCAUUAUUUCACAAUUUUAACUUGAAAUCUAAAACGAUAUAUUACACAGUUAGAAUUUGUUAUACUAUAGUGUGAAAAAAAAUCUUAUUCUCUUGUAUCAUACGAACUAUUGCACCUGUAUUCAAGGAUGAUAGAAACAAAUCACUAUAGAGUAUUUUCCUAACACGUUGCAGUUGUAUACUACAGUAAAUGAUUUUUUUUUCCAAACAACAGUAUAUCUAAUUAGCGUUAAUGUCAAAACAAUCUCACUUGUAUUUUACUUCAAGUAAAGAAUUAAGAAAAGUGAUGAAAAACACUUCAAAUACAUAUCAAUGUAUUCAUCAAGAAUUAAGUUUAAUUUUUAAAUUUUUAUUCUCAAUGUUAAGUUUAUAGUAUAAUACAGUACCAGUAAAACGUAUAUUUCAAAAGACGUCUUAUUUUUUAUCAAAACAAUUUGUUAAUGAUCAUCUAUUGUUCACACUACAGUGUAUACCAAGAUAGUGUGAAAAAAUCUAUUAUUGAAAUACAGUAUAGAAUUUAUAUAUGAAAGAGUUCAGAACUGUCGUGUUUCUUUUUUAUCUUGUCCUUCAUUCUGUACAUAUAGAUAUAUACCUCAUGUGACAAUCACUUGACUUGAGAUAAAAAUAAAAUUUUGAAAUUUUUAUAUCGUUCUUCUAAACAUAGACUUACUUUAGAGAAAAAUAAAAAAAGAAUUGUACUAUCCCAUCAAUACAAUUAGACUGAAACGAUCUUUCAAAUAGUUGUGAACAUAUUUUUAGUCUAUCGAGUAAAGUGUCUAAUUGGAACCGCAACCAGAUUUGUCUAACUUGUGACUUCAGUAUCUGAGUGAGUUCUGAAGCGAUUUUCACCGAAUUUGGGGGCUUUUGUAGGUGAAAGUCUUGGCUAUUUAACGAUCUAAAAAUUAUUAUGAAAUUCCCAUUGGAGACGGAUCGGAGGGAGAUUUACUAAGGAGAGGGUCGUUUUGGUUCCAAUUAGGCUCUGUGCCAAACGGGAACCGUACAGCGAAAUGUGUGUCUAAUUGGAACCGUCCCGUUGAAAUUACACGGG